UCAGUUUUACUGUUGAGCAUUAAAUUGUAUGAGUAUCAUUAUUAAGAGUAUCGUAAUAUCGAUACAAAAGCGAGCGAAUAUCUGGAAUUUUAUGAAGUACUGAAGCGUAAAGUUAAAAUAAGCCUGGUGUAAAAAGACAACAAACUUCGCUUUCGAACAAUGAUCAACGGUCAUUCAUAAAGAUUCACUUCUACAAAAGCUCAUUUCUCAAAAAUUAUAAUGUAAAUUGACAUUCAAAUAUUGUGAAUAAUAUGGCAUAUGUGCCUGACUACAUUCGACCGAUUUCGACAAAUACGUCCCCUUCAGGAUCAUCGUUACCGACAACACCCACUCACCAUGCUAGAAGAACAGCAUCGUUUGCUAUUGGGAGUGGACAUUCAAGCUCCAAGAGACCAUCUUCAAGUAUUCAAUCUCCCCUAUCAGAUGAUGGUAAUCCAGUGUUCCCAACACGAAGAAGAUCAACCACCCAUCCUAUUCCUCCAUCCAGAUACAUAACAGCACCACAGGACAGAUUAUGUGGCAGAGUGUCUAUCAAAGAAAGAUUAAAAAGCCUGGAAUCUGAGGCUUCUGUUAAGCUUGAGGUUCGUCCUAGUUAUAUUCGCUCUAGAAGGAGAGGAUCGAACCAGGAUUCACCCAAAAUUAUACAUCGAAACAAUAGUUCUGAAGAUCAUUCUACUACCAGUUCAAGAUCUGGUUCACGAAGAUCUUCAACUAAAUUAGAACCUGAUAUGUCUUCACUGAAAGAAGAGCCUUAUUCGAAAACCAAUGGAAAAGUAUUAUCAAUGCCAAAGCCAGAUAUUAUUGAAUCUCAUCAGCCCAAGAGUAUUCAUACAGUAAAACCAGUGGUUGAGAUAUUACCUGAAAAAACUAAAAAAAACAAUCCACUGGAUGGUGAAAAAAUAAUUGAAACUCCUAAAAGCAGAAGCGAAAGGAAGCUUUCUUCAGAUUCUAAACCUAUGCUUGAUACAAAAUCCCAAGAACCAAAGUUGAAGAAAUCACCUCCAAAACAGACUGAAAAAAAGAAGAUUUCUAAUAAUACAAAUCCUAUUGUGACUGGAAAUAAAGUCAGUUUGGAUAAACGUCGCAGUAGCAAGGACUCUCUUGAGACUAAAACACACAAUUCUGAACCUCCAAAAAAUUCAGAAAACCUCGCACGCGUAAAAACAAGCACACCAUAUUGCAGUAGCGACUCAAACGCUGAAAUUUCAGCACCAAAAGCUGUUCUACAUAGUACUUCGGAUGGAAAUACAAGUACAGAUUCCGGUGAUAUUAAGCAAAAUAGAACUGGAAAAACAGAGAAAUUAAAAGCAACGUCAUCUUCUAAGCCAAAUUCUCUUGCACCACCUUCAAAAGAGACACCGAAAAGUAGCUCAGGCUCUGAUUUUAAACCGAUAUGGAGGACACCAUCUAUGAAGCAAUCACAACGUCCUAAUAUUGAUAAAUCAACUGAUGGAAAAGAUGCAGAUGAAUUGAAAAAGGAAGACAAUCACAAAUUGCCGCAUACCUCAAAGCCCCAGAAUGCCAUUGAAAAUAGUCAAAACAAGGUUAAUAGCAACAAUGAUCAAAAUCUGGUCGGAAGCCAUUCUGUAGCAGAAGACGCCACAAUAUUGCCUGAAUCUUCAGCUCAUUUUGAAAAAUUGAAAUCCAAAAUCGUCGACGACAACCGAAGUGUCGUUCCAAUAGACACUCAUGAUAUUACCGGUACCGGUACAGUAACGACGAGCGUCGAGGCUGCACAACCAUCGUCAGUUACAAACAUUGCAACAAGCUAUCCAGUUGAGUUGAGAUCUCCACGGAAUGAACAUGGAAGCCAGGUGAACAGGCGACCUGGUGCAAGGGAUAAACGUAACGCUAGAGUUUUUAUUAUGCCAUCAUCAUCUGACAGUGAUAUGGAUAACCCAAUAUCAAGAAUGGACCGGGACCUUAAAAAACUCGGUGGAUUUAGCCGUGCCAUUGAUUUAUUGCCAAAGAAUGACAAUGUUUCAGAAAACAAUCAUAUAACGAAUUCUGAGAAAACUAACGAAGUAUCAAUAAAGCAUGUAGCGCCUGUUAAAUUUGUUCCGUAUGUGCUCAAGUCAAAUUAUUUGGAUAGCAAACCUGAAGAAAAAAAGGAUUCUUCUAAUACUGCAAUCAUUGAUGAACACUCCUCAAGAAUUUAUCCUGAACUGUUGCCAUCUUCUCGAAGAAAGGAUUCAAAAUCUCAUGAUGGAGAGAAAAGGAAAGAUACACAAAAGAGUCCAAGUCGAAGGAGGAAAAGCACAAGAUCAGGUAGAUCUGGAUACAAUCGUUCUAAAUCUACAGACACAGGAAGAAUUGGACAUGAUGUACAAAGGUAUAGGAGUAACUCUAUGUCAGAAUCAAAAAGAGAUCGAAGCACACACGGAAAGGAGGCAGUUGCAAAUGCUGUUGUUUAUGGAACAUCACAUGAUUCUACUAUUCCUUUCAUUGAUGACAUCACGACACCGCCCAAUGGAACAGCAACCACUUUGAAAGACAACUUCCUGAAGGUCACAAGGAGAUUGUCAUUGAGAGAACCAAAAAGAGAUUCUGAUAUAGGUUCAAUACACAGAAGUAAUUCAGCGGAUGUUUUGUCGUCUCGCAAUGCUGAAGUUUCUCCUGCAAAGAUGAGACGAACAAGAGCACUAAGUGCAGAUCGAUCAACUGCGAAAGGUGUUCACAGGCGUUCAUAUCAAAUCGCUACAAUGCCAAUCGAUAUUCCAGCUGAUGACCCAAGAUUCAAGAAGUUUGUUAAUGAUUCGGAUUUGGAUGAUUCCAUGAAUGCAGACAGAAGUGUUGACUCGAGUCUUGAUGAUCAGCAGAAGACAUCUAGGAGUGGAUAUCUGCAUUUCAAAGUGGCAACGAUAGACAAAGGAAAACGUACAAGUUCACAAAAAUCAUGGAAGUUGGUUUGGGCAGCAAUUAUUGAUCAUCAUCUUCAUUUAUCCAAAGAUUGGAGCAAAUCUAAAAAUAUGCAGGAUGCCCAACUUGCUCGUCAGUUAUCUCUGCAAGAAGAAGUUCAACCACUUAAUAUUCAAUCAUCGUUAGUUGGCAUCGCGUACAAUUAUUUAAAACGUCGAAAUGUAUUUAAGCUGACGACUUUCAAUGGUUCAGAAUAUCUUUUUCAAGCGGAAAAUCGAGAUGAUAUGCUGGCAUGGAUAGCAGCAAUCCAGAAAGAAAGUUGCUCGUGGGAAGAUGGGGAUGAAAUCAAUGAAGAUUUAAUUUUGAGAAAAACUAAUCAAAUCGAAUCAGGGUAAGCUUGGAGUUUCUUUCAUUUUAUUAUUAUGGUAUUUUCUAUAUGUCAACACUGAUUGUUCAUUGUUGCGACCUCUUACUAUUCAAUCAUCGCUAGUCGACUUUGCGUACAAUUAUUUGAAACGUAGAAAUGUAUUCAAUAGGUUUAUAGGGUUAGGUCAUAAUUUUUUUUCCGAUUUUUUCCAUUCUAGUUCUAUUUCAAGUUCGGAGACUGUCUGUAUUUGCGAAAUGAAUAGCCUAUACACCCCUUGUCCAUAGCCUUCCGUCUCUAUACACACAACUUUGAUGUAAAGUAGGCAAACAAAAUUAGUUACCUUCAUAUUGGUAGACACACUCUGAUGCGCCGAAAUUGCUGCUAUGUUAUUUAAACUUCAGAAAAUCUACUGGAAUUUAGAAAUUGAGCUGUUAUUAUAGGAAAUGCUUUACUCUUUACAUCCUGCGUUAUGUACUUUGGAAAAGGUUACUUACCAUGCCAUUUUAAUGAUGAAUUUCCUUUGUUGCUUAUUGGAUUUAAUAUAAUUUGUUUUCUUCACUUUGUUCAAGUUUGAAAACAAACUUUUUGGUCUCGUAUUAUGAAUUUAGUUUUAGUAUAUAUAUAUAUGGAUGAAGUGCUUGGUAAUGGAGUAAAGCCAUUUUAUUCAAAAAAUAAUUCCAAGUGUGUAAAAUAUAUAAACCGUUACUUGAUUACAAUAACUUAGCAAAAAAAUUGCUAGAUAAUAUUAGCUUAGGCAGGUUAGACUCUUCACAGAAGGACAAAGCAUUAUAUCUAAACAAAAAAAAGAAAUGAAUUUCCUCAUUUAAAAUGUUUGUGCAAUAUACUCGUUUCUGUCACAAUUUAUGUUUUGAAUUGUUGUAUAUUCAAAAGCCUAUUUUUUCUAAUAAUGACUUUAUUUAAGCUUAUUGAUGUUGUUUAAAUUCAUGGAUUACAGCUUAUAGGCAUAUAUAUGUUAAAGGGUUUAAUAUUAACUCCAAUAUUAGCGAAUGCUAUUGGGGUUGGUUUGAAAAAUGUAGUUUGAACUGGUUAAGACCAGUCAUACACUUAAAAAAAUAUUUCAUCACGAUUCCACUAGUAAUGCUUCUCUGGUCAUAUUUUUAUCUAUGACCAUUCUUAUGAAUCAUCGAUUAUCCCAGGCCCAUGCUGUUUUGAGGAAAAAUUAAACAUUGUUAGCGUUAUUGCAUCAUGUCAUCAUCUGUCCAUCAUAAGUUGAAAGCUCAGUUCAGUGUGACAGCGCGAGGGAAAUUAUCGUGCGUUACACUAUUACUUCUAACGCAUUGAUUACUGCUAGCAAUGGGGACACAGCGUCGAGCAUUACUUCCUGUAAGUCACUUCCUGUUGCAAUUCACUGCAGCCAGACAGCGCUCAUUCGCGUAUUACUGACAUAUGGCAUGCCUGCGAGCUUUUCUUCCAUGUAUGCGAUGAGCAGUCUCUCGUUGUCUGUGAACGGCAACGAACGCUUCAAUUUUCGAAGGCGUUUUUUUUUCUGUGUGCGUGUUUGGGUCAGGAAAUGUAAUGCGGUAAUAUUCGCUUGUUAAGUUGGUAAUAAUAACGCAUUAUGAUUGUGGGAAUGUGUGCGUAUUUAUUUCACUCUAGUUGUAUCAUAGAAAUAACUAGAUCUAGGCAGUUUUUUGUUUAGAAUAUAGGGUGGCAUUUAAAUGUAUUGAGAUAUAGACUAUCAUGAUUGUGUUUUUGAAGAUCUGAUACUGUUAUCGACAAGAAAGAAUAUUAAUAUGCAUACGCUUUGUUUUCGGAUCCUUGUAUAUUGGAAAUGAGUUUUUUGAGCGAUAUUUGAUUUCUUAGUGUGAAUUGCAACACUGGUGCAUUCAAAUUCAGAUUAUAUUGUGCAUAUGAAACAUGCGACCUGGGCAUUAAGUUAUACACUGUAUGUGUGUCAUACAAUGACUCUACGUACAUUGUGUUAUAAAAUAGCAUUUUUUAUGCAAAUUCCCAUUGUAUUAUGAUUAUGAAAAGAAAGAUAUAUAUGGAGUUAAAUGGUUAGGAAGUCAAUAGUUCGGAAUUUCUAUAAAUAAAAAUAGUAGUAUUAAAUAAAACGUUAUACAUCGAACUUAAUCUAUUAUCUGUUAAAUGAUAUAUACCUGGAAAUAGAAUAGGGACCCAAAUAAAAUACCUCAAGUGAGUGACAAUACAGACAGCUGUGUUAAGUUUAUUUGAAUGUGUUUAGCUCAGUAGUCAUUGUAUCGGCAAACUCAAUUACUUUCAAUUGAAUCUUUAAAUUUUUCUACUAGUUUCCAAUAUUGAAUAGCAACUUGACUUAUUUCAUGCCGUUCCACGACUAUAGCGGUGGUUUAUUUCAAUCCAAAGGAAAGAGCCAACCAUUCCGACACUCUUCUCCACCUAUUUAUGACUGCACAAAGGAUUCAAAAGUAAAAGCACAUGACUAUUCAGUGAACAACAGAAACAAAAGAGCGACGGGUGAUUUCGAUGUUAGCAUUGACUCUGAUAUAACUAACAACAACAACAAGACGCAAAAAGCACCUUUUCGUUCUAACAGUAAUCCAGCUUGUUUCGAGGACUAUUCCAAAUCGAAAAAGGAUUUACGAGGUUAUUCUGUGUUGGAAAAUCGCAGCGCUCAAAAUUUAGCAAGCGAUAUAGAGAAUCCAAAUUUUGAAGCAAAAGGUAGGACUAGUCCGUCCAAUCAUCGGAGGUAUAAUAGCUUUAACGGAGCUGUGUCUGCGGAUGGUAUUAGUAAAGUACAAAACGGGUCUAAAAAGACAGAAAUCGUGGUGACAAAACCGCCAUCCGGAAGCCCAUCAUCUCCUUAUGGUGUUAGACUGCGUUCUAAGCAGACUCAUUCUCCGAAAGGUAAUCGUCGUAGACAAGGACUCAUUUUAGAUUCCAGCACCAUAUCAAGUCCAGUUUUAAUAUCGCACCACAUAAGUUCAACGGAAACCGGCAUAAAAUUACGAGAUAUAGAACAGCAAGAAGAACUCAUGACUAAGCUUCAAAUCGAGUC